AUGGCUCUUGCUAAACCACCGGAAGUAUUGAAAAAAUUCGGAAGAAUAUGUAAACUUGCGCAGGACAAUGAGGAGUCAGACCCAGUUAUUACAUAUUAUUGUCGCCUAUAUGUUGCGAGCAUGGGCCUUAGACCUGAAUUUAAAUGCAAGGAAUCUCGCGACUUUAUAACCAAGCUACUGGAUUAUCUCUCUGAAGCUAAAAAAGCAAAUCCUGGGGAUCCGCUUUAUACAGAGGAGAAAGUUGGGCUGGAGUAUGUUGAGCGACAAGCCUUGGAUCAUUUUACUGUCGCCUUUAAAAAGGACGAAGCCGGAGAUUUUGGGUCUCCUACAUUGAACAGUUUCCUUACCGCUGCUGCUCUUCUCGAAGUCCUUACCUUAAAUGGAGAGACUAAUGCUGAGUUGACGAACGCUCGAAAGUAUGCAAAAUACAAGGUUCUCUAUCUGAUUGACUGCAAGAGGCGCAAUGUAAAACCAGUUGCAGGGCCUCUCACGGAAGGCGAUGCCUCUGUGACCCCCAAUAUCGCGGGAUUACACCAAGAUCCAUUACCGCCCACCACGAGCAAGUCCAAACAAGAUCCUGCGCCAGCAGAACCCGCUGAACAUGGAUCUGGGUCACAUGGAGGGGACAAAUCCGGGGAGUUGUCUGUCGAUACCUGUGAGAAGGCCACCAAAGCUGCUAAGUUCGCUAUUAGCUGUUUGCAGUACAAAGACCGAGACUCAGCUAUCAACUAUCUGAAAGAGGCACUAAGUCUCCUCUCUGAGCACUGA